GGUAGAUUCCUUUAGAAUUUCAUCUUCAGAGUUUAGUACUAGCGUAUGAUGCGUUCGGGCAUCUUAUGUAAUAUCAUUAUUUUAAUAAUAUUUUAUUAACUGUACAAUUAUUUAAAUUAGCUAACGGAUGGUAAUAACUAAUCAUAAGUUAAAUAUUUUUUAAACGAAAUUUUUUUAUGUCAGUGUAUUUAAAAUUAUACUUAGUCAAUAGUGCAAUAUUUAUCUAAGAAUACUUACAUGGCGUUCGGUAGAAAAAAUGAAGAAUCCAUUGGAUUAUUAAAAGACGUAGCUAAGAGCAAGGAUUCGGUUAACUACACAAAAUACGGGACAGUGAAAAAGAAGGAAGCAAAGAGAUCAUCUAUACGUAACUUAUUUCGAUAUGCUAGCAAAGGAGAUGUGGCCCUUAUGUUCAUCGGUAUCUUAUUUUCUGCAAUUCAUGGAUCAAGUUUUCCAAUACUGGCGUUGGUAUUCGGUCAAAUGACCAAUACUUUCAUUAAACAAUCUGCGGUCGCCACAUCUGCAAUAAGUACCAGUACAAGCAAUCCACUUUUCGAAGUAUCUCUAACAACGGUUGGAGAUGCAUCUCAAAAUAGUAGCACAUUGAGUGACAUAGUAACAAAUUCACCACUUUAUGGCCAAAGUUCUACUCUGGGUGCAUUUUUUAUGUCAGAAAUGGAAAGACUUACUACGUCCAAUACUAUCACAGGAAUAGAUUUAGGAGAAACAACGAUUAGUCCUGUACAAUCAAGUAAUUCUAGUUCUGGAGCAAUGAGUCCUGAAGAAUUUUACAACUACAUGACAAAAUUUUCGCUGUACUAUUUGUACAUUGGUGUGGGAGUAUUAUUCGCUGCAUUUAUACAAACACUUUGUUGGGAAAUUGCUUGUGAACGACAAGUUCAUCGUCUUCGUAAAAUAUUUUACCGUCAAAUACUUAGACAAGAGAUUAGUUGGUACGACUUAAGUGAUGGAGGGGACAUGACUACAAAAUUAUCAGAUGAUUUAGAAAGAGUACGCGAAGGUAUUGGAAGUAAAUUCAGCAUGGUUACACAGUAUGUGAGCACAUUUUUUACUGGUAUUAUUGUCGGACUAUGUGUUAACUGGAGAUUGACAUUAAUUAUAUUAUGUGUCGCGCCAUUUUUUAUAAUAGUUUCCGGUGCUAUUUCGAAGAUUUCAGCGAGUACAGCAGCUAGAGAGCAAGCUAAGUAUGCGUUAGCAGGAGGAAUAGCUGAAGAAGUACUAUUUAAUAUACGGACCGUAGCGGCUUUUGGUGGAGAAGUUAAAGAAUCUAAAAGAUAUGAGUUAGCUAUAGAAGAAGGCCGAAAAUUAGCUAUGAAGAAGUACUAUGUAUUUGCAGUAUUGUUGGGAUCUGUGUUCGUGAUCAUGUACUCCGCUUAUGGUCUAGCGUUUUGGUAUGGGUCUAAUUUAAUUGCUGAAGGAUUAUCAACGCCUGGAAGUAUAUUUACGGUAUUCUUCAGUGUAAUGGCUGGUGCAUUUUCUAUUGGUAAUGCUUUGCCAUUUUUGAACUCUGUCAGCAUUGCAGUUGGUGCAGCUUCAACUAUAUUUGAAAUUAUCGAUAAUAAUCCUAAAAUUGAUCCUUAUUCCACCCAAGGAAAGAAGUUGAAAAAAAUACAAGGAAAAAUUGAGUUCAAAAACGUCAAAUUCGCAUACCCUACCAGAAGUACUGAACCAGUUUUAAAUAAUUUAUCGUUAACUAUAGAGCCAGGGCAAACUGUAGCUUUGGUUGGCUCCAGUGGAGGAGGAAAAAGUACAAUCGGUAGUUUGCUCUUACGCUUCUACGACCCUGAAUCAGGAAAUGUUUCAUUAGAUGGAGUUAAUUUAAAAGAUAUAAACGUGCAUUGGCUUCGCGAAAACAUAGGAGUUGUUUCACAAGAACCUAUUUUAUUCGGCGUCUCUAUAGCCGAAAAUAUUAAGUAUGGCCAAACAAAUUGUACACAACAAGAUGUAAUAUCAGCUGCAAUGACUGCGAAUGCACAUCCUUUUAUUAUAAAAUUACCAAAGGGCUAUGACACUUUAGUGGGAGAUAAAGGUUCUCAACUUUCGGGAGGUCAAAAACAGAGAAUUGCUAUUGCAAGAGCGUUAGUAAGAGAUCCUAAAAUAUUACUGCUGGAUGAAGCAACUUCAGCACUGGAUGCACAUAGUGAAGGUGUUGUGCAAGAUGCAUUAGAAAAAGCACAAAAAGACAGAAGCACUAUUAUUAUAGCUCAUAGACUGUCCACUAUACGAAAUGCCGAUGUCAUUUACGCUCUUCAAAAAGGUAACGUGGUGGAAUCUGGAACCCAUGACUCCCUUAUGGCUCAGAAUGGUCUCUAUUCGCAUUUAGUAAGUGCUCAAUUGAAACAAGAAAAUCAUGUGGAAGAAGAUUCUGAAGACGAAACAACAGAUAUAACAUCAGGUUCAACAGCAACUAAGCAAACUGUUAGACGACAAACUAGCCUUAAAAGUCCGGAUCUUGAACCCCAUUUCGAAGUCGAAGAUACAGAAACAAAUGGAGAACGUACCGACGUUCAAACCACUGUAUCUGAAGACGGAUCAAAAGUUACAAUUACGAAAACUGUAAAAAAAUCAUCUUUCAUAGUUAAUGAGAAUGAAGAAGAGCCCGAAAAAGUGUACUCGGACAGCUAUGUUGUAGAAGGAUCUGACGGUCGUAAAAUGAGCGUUACCAGAAAAGUGUCUACACGCCAAGUGAAAAGGAUGAUAUACUCAGAUCAUGACAGUACAGAUAGCGAAAUGGACAAAAUGUCUUCAUACCGAAGAAGAAGUAGGAAUACAAGCUUUUCGUUGAUGUCAAUGAACCAACCAGAUGAUUAUUCUCAAUGGGAAUCUUCAGAUAUAGAAGGUCUUAAAGAAAGCAGUCGAAGAAAUGUAUCUAUAUUUUCUAGAAAGGGUUAUCAAUCUCUGGAUGAUCACGAAUACCACAUGGAUUACAAAGAAAUAGGAAUGAUAGAUUUAUUAAAACAAAAUGCUCCAGAAUGGCCAUGGUUAUUGAUGGGUUUCACGGGAUGUGCAUUAACUGGUGCUAUAAUGCCUGUUUUCGCACUUUUUUACGGACAAGUGUUUGCUACAUUUACACUUAAAGGCGACGCAUUAUUAACCGAAGCGGCUUUUUGGUCUAAAAUGUUUGUUGUGUUGGCAUUAUUGUCAGGGCUAGCUUGGUGGUUACAGACUAUUGGUCUUACAAGUGCGUCUGAAAAACUAAUUAUGCGUAUGAGAGUGAAUGCCUUUGAAAAUAUUUUACGUCAACCUAUAUUUUGGUUUGAUUUGAAAAGCUCAGCUCCUGGCAAUCUUAUUAGCAGAUUAGCCAGAGAUGCUCCUAUUGUAAAAUCGGCUGCAGGUUUACGAGCUGGACAAGUAAUAUCAGCUUUAGUGACACUCUUAGCCGCUUUAGUCAUUGCUUUUGUUUUUGGAUGGAAAUUAGCCAUAGUACUAGUUCUUGGUGUACCGAUUAUUGCAGGCGCUGCGUACAAACAACUGACGCUUGUAAGAAAAAGUCAGAAACGAGAUUUAGAGUGUAUGGACGAAGCAGGACGAAUCGCGUGUGAAACCGUUGCCAAUAUACAUACAGUACAAAGUUUGGCUCAAGAGCUGAUGUUUGUGUCUCAAUAUGAAGAAAGUCUCGAAGACCCUUUUAUAGCUGCCAAAAAACAAGCAGUCACGUAUGCGGUGAUGUAUGCGGUUUCUCAAGCAGUAAUAUACGGAAUGUAUUCUGUUGCAUUUCGAUAUGGCGCGUAUUUGGUUGAAAUUGGUGACAUGUCCUCUGCAGACAUUUAUAGAGUUUUCUUCGCUUUGGCAUUCUGCGCAGCAUCUGUGGGACAAACAUCGGCGUUUUUGCAGGAUUAUGCUAGAGCCAAAAACGCGGCCAUAUUGAUUUUCCAACUUAUUUGGAGGAAAUCUGAAAUCGAUCCAUUAUCAAUUUCAGGAUCAAAACCAGAUAUUAAAGGAAAAGUACAUUUUAAAGACGUCAGGUUUAGAUAUCCAUCUAGACCCGAUGUACGAGUAUUGAGAGGGCUGAACUUUACAGUUGAACCUGGAAAAACUCUGGCAUUAGUUGGAACAUCCGGAUGUGGUAAAAGUACCGUUGUAUCAUUGCUCGAGCGAUUUUACAAUCCUGUAAACGGAGUAAUUGAAGUGGAUGAUUACGAUAUACGAGCAAUAAAUGUACAACAUCUGAGAAAACACAUUGGAAUCGUUACUCAAGAACCAAUAUUAUUCAAUUGUUCUAUAAAAGAAAAUAUAGCGUAUGGCGCCGACAGAGAAGUCACCAUGGCCGAGAUAAUAGAAGUCGCGCAAAAAGCAAACAUUCACAACUUUAUAACCACAUCUUUAACUCAAAGUUAUGACACUUUGGCUGGAGAGCGUGGAAGUCAACUAUCUGGUGGACAAAAACAACGAGUAGCCAUUGCCCGAGCUCUUAUAAGAAAUCCUAAAAUUCUCUUAUUGGACGAAGCAACAUCAGCUUUAGACACGGAAAGUGAACAAGUUGUGCAAGAAGCAUUAGAUGAAGCUCGGAAGGGUCGUACAUGCAUAAUUAUCGCUCAUCGUCUUUCGACAAUACAAUCGGCCGAUACUAUAGCAGUGGUUCACAAUGGAAAAAUUGUGGAACAAGGAACUCAUGAUGAAUUAAAAGCUCAACAAGGGCAUUACUAUGAGCUGAUAAAACGCCAAGAAGAAUCAUCAAAUCGAUCAUAAUUCUAAAUGAAUUUGAAAAGAGCAUUUGUUAGACUAUUUACAUGUGAUUGUAUGUAAAAACACAAUACUUAAAUGUAAACCGUGGAACUAUUAAAAUAUUUUGUUUAUUUAUUAAACAUGUUUUUACAAA